GUUGAGGGUAUCGAUCGCUCUCAAUGCGCACAGCAGGUUAUGCGCGUUUUCCCAUAAACAUCUGAACCUAGUAAGACACAUUUCGUAGUUUUUUAUUUUCCCGCACGCCUCUCCUGCUACUACGUUUUACGCAACAGGCUUUCAGCACCAAUGUGAAGUGCACGCUGAGUAGCAGUACCACCUGUAACUGUGCCCGUCUAACCCCCACUUUCAUGCCGACACCGAGGAUGAAGAAGCAAAACAUCCGGACCCUGUCGCUCAUCCUCUGCAUGUUCUCCUACCUGCUCGUGGGCGCCGCGGUGUUUGACGCGCUGGAGUCCGAGUCGGAGAGCUCCCGCAGACGCAUCUUGGAGCAGAAGCGCAACGAGAUGAAGAAGAAGUACCGCUUCUCCGAGGACGACUACUACGAAAUCGAGCGGGUGGUGCUGCAAGCUGAGCCCCAUCGAGCCGGGAGACAGUGGAAAUUUGCUGGCUCUUUUUACUUUGCCAUUACAGUCAUCACCACCAUUGGUUAUGGACAUGCAGCUCCAGGCACAGAUGCAGGGAAGGUCUUCUGCAUGUUCUACGCUGUGCUGGGCAUUCCUCUCACUUUGGUCAUGUUCCAGAGCCUGGGAGAAAGGAUGAACACAUUUGUCCGCUAUCUGCUCCAUAAGGUGAAGCAGUGCCUGGGCUGUCGCCGCACCGAGGUGUCCAUGGAGAACAUGGUGCUGGUGGGCUUCCUGUCCUGCAUUGGAACACUGUGUGUUGGGGCUGCAGCCUUCUCACACUUUGAGAGAUGGAGCUUCUUCCACGCUUACUACUAUUGCUUCAUCACACUCACCACCAUUGGCUUUGGGGACUUUGUGGCCCUGCAGAAGAAGGAGGACCUCCAGGAGAAAACCCCCUACGUGGCAUUCAGCUUCAUGUACAUCCUGGUGGGGCUGACUGUCAUCGGGGCCUUCCUGAACUUGGUGGUGCUUCGCUUCCUCACCAUGAACACUGAGGAUGAGCGGAGAGAUGCUCAGGAGAGGGCCUCGCUGAAGAGGGACAGAGGCCUUAUAGAUGGCUCUCUGAGUCUUCAUGUUGUAGAACAGAGCAGAGGCAACUACAGAGAGAGGAACAGGAGCAACGCGGUGCAAAGUCGAAGCCACAGUACGCUCUUCCUCCCGAUGGAGGAAGGAACCAGCCGCACUAACCUCAUUGCUACCCCAGCGGAGGACCAGGAGAGAAGAAGCCCCUGCAGACACAGGCUGCGUUUUCAGAUCAAGGCAGGCAGAGACAGGCCGGAGUCGAGCCUCAGCUCCCUCUGCUCCUGUGUGUGCUACCGUUUGGGGAUUUGUGAUAGUCCUCUUUUGUCCCACGGUGAACACCACGGCUGCCAUCUCAACUCUGUGUAUUAUAACUCAGUGUCCUACAGGAUCCAGGGCUGCUCACCGGGCUCCAGGAACAACACUGGACUCUCUUCCCCAGGAAGCACGCUCUCUCCUGGGCACAGCUUCCGCGAGUUCUCUCGUUUGAGGAGAAAGUCGAUGUAAAGAGCACCACAGUGUUUGCACAGACUAUAUAUACAGUAUUUUCAAUGAACCUUCAUUUUGUGUCACACCUUGUUGCAUGUCAGAAGACACGGGUUCUGUUAAACGAAUAAGUUGUCUUUUGUGGCUAUUGAAGAUAUUUAUUUUGUUAGGCAAAGGUUACAUUUCUUAUCUUCCUUAACCAUCAGAUUAUUUAUGUUAGUGAUUCUGCUGUGUUCCUGGCAUGCUAGGGGAAGUAAAGUGCAUGCUAAAGAGAAUGUCAAGCACACAAUGUGAAUGCAUGAGUGCUAUAGAUGCAAACAGAUGGGCUUUUAAACUACAGUUUUAACAACGGUUUUUGGAUUUAGUGUUUAUUAAUGACUGUAUUACCUGUUCAGUUCUGGUAUGUAAAAUAUCCUCAGUGGACUGCGCUCCUGCAUCAGAAAACAUCACUUUUCAUGCCAUAGCUAGAAGAUGUCAUUUUACUUUUAUAUAAAAAAAGCCUUAAAUAUCUUUCACCAAGCACAUGAGAUAUGUGGCUUCUUAGCUCAGUGAAUUUAUAAAUCUUUUAUGACCUAUUAUUGAAGGGGGGCAGAAUAACUUUAACGUGCAUUAUUCAGCAUUAAUGCACUCUAUGAAGAGAUUAUGAUUGUUAAAUGACUGAUUCUUAUGUGAUGGAUGUAGCACAAAACCCAUAUGUAGCAGAUUGCAAGUAAACUUCCAACAAUUCUGGAAACAAUUGUCACUUUCCGACGAGGGAGGUGUUCCCAUGCAUUUAGUUUGUAGUCAGAUUUGAUGUGACUCUCUUAUAGCAUUGUUUUAUUAAACAGAAGGAAAGUA